AUGACAUCAUGUUUUGCUUUAUAUAAGAAUACGCACAGUCUUAAACGUAAAAAGGAAGAAAGAAAUUUUUUCUUUAGCAAAACUCAAUGGCAGACGAAGACGAAUGCUGUGCCUGAUUGGAAGCCUUAUGACUCAAGUGAUAACAAUAAGAUCGAACAAGCUUUCAAAGCUGGAAAAAAUAAAGCGGAUUUAGCAAACCAUGCCAUUCAUUUGAAAGAGCGUAUGCAAGUGCAUAAAGCAGAUUUUAAUAAGCAAAGACCAGUGAAACGUGAAGUUAAAACAUGA